UGUGAAUCUGUAUGGAAUAUGCAUCUCCAAAGAAGAUCACAUAUAUAUGGUAAAGCUCCUGUACGAGCUUUCAGUGAACCCCCAGCAGGAGUACUGGGUCACUGCCAAGUUUGCACAAAUGCUAACAAUUUUGUUAAAAAAGAGAGAGUUGCUCGCCCCAGAUGAUCUGGUGCUCAAUUGGCGCCCACUUUACGAUCUCUAUGAGAGCCUCUUCUACAACUCCUACUAUACCAUUGGGAUGCUGAUGCUGCCUGCGCGGACCAGGAGGCCAGCCAGUCGUUUCUUUAGACGUAGGAAGGGAGAAACAUCAAGUUUUGAAUGCGUCAUCAAGAGCAUGAUUCGCGUGUGCCGGACAUACUUCCCGCCAGGAGCCACGUCGGAGAUCCUGGAGCAAGUGCGCCCCAUGAUAUGUCCCUUCGACAUGACCAUGCAGAGGGCCAUGAUGUACUUGGAGCUCUUCCUCCCCACGUCUGUGGAGCCGCACCAGGCAGACAUCAGCUGGAAACUGUGGAAGGACGAGAUGUUAGGUAUCUGGAAUGCUUGCCACAACAGCCACUUCUCGUUUUGGGAGAAUGGCAUGUUCUGGCUGUUCGCAAGACUUGCGUGGCACAAUAUCGGUUAUGUUGAAUGGGAAGAACACCUAUCAAUGGUUUUCACAAAGGUGCUGAGGUCUUUCCACUUACCUGUGACGUACAAGAAAACACACGUUGGCAGAGGUGAUGGACUGGAUCGUUUUGCUUCUUCCAUGUUCAUUGUUGCAAAUUUGGGAGGAGGCAGCAAAACCCAGCAGCAUUUAGAACGACUCUUCAAAUCUCUAGAAUCGUACUACCAUCCUUCCAACUCAGGGCCCUGGACCCGCCACCUGCACGAGUUCCUCAACAAACUCACCCUGCUCUUCAUCAGAAGAUUACAUCGGGAGCGUUAUAUGAAGCCUUCCUGGGAACUAGGAGUUGAGCCAAAGAAAAAAUUAACCGAAGAGGAAAUUACAGCCUUUGUACGAUGUGUGCAGACGCCUGCAAUGUUGGCAAUGUUCUCUCACACGGGGACACAUGAUGCUGGUGUUGUAUUCCAUCGUCUCUCUCUCUUGCGACCUGAAAUCGUCAUACCACCACUACUAGAGCAGUUGUACUCCUCGCUGGAAACCACUACUGAGCCCCACCGAUUGACAGCGUCCCUAGAGUGUGUAGUGUGUGUGGCUCGGGCCAUGGUCAAGGGUGGCAAGUAUUAUCCAGAGGGACAGAGGCAUGUCAUCCCACUGCUGCUUCAGACUCUGCCUGGAAUUGACCCUAAUGACAUAAAGAAAUGUAUGGUAACAUUCCAGUUUAUUUACACCCUGGUGACACUCGUGCCUUUUGUUGACUGCUCAAGUGCCAUCGAUGAGGCCAGUGACCUGACAGAAAUAGAACAAGAAGUGUGUCUGCAGACAGCUAGCUUUGAGGAUUUUGUCCUUCAGUUCAUGGACCGUUGCUUUGUACUGAUUGAAAAUUCUGCGUUGGAGCAAAUAACGCAACUUGACCGUGAAACCGAGAAGAUGAACAGAGAGGAGAAUAUGCUAGAAAUGGGGCUUUCCUCAACAUUUUCAGCAAUUCUUACCCAAGCUCAUCCAAGUAUAUAUCAGGCAGCACUUCAGCGACUUCAAUCUUUCAUCAAAGGCAAGAUGAUAGAGAUUCACGUUGCUGGAAAGUUUGCAGCAAAUAUGUGUCGCUCAGCUGUGAAGGUCAACCCACAAGAGGCUUUGAAAGUCUUUGUUCCUGGUGUGUGUCGCCUCCUGAUCACCUUGACCAGUAAUGAGGAAGUCCAGAAAGAGGAGAACCUUGAUGAUGAACUUUUGUUUAAUCUACUGCUCCUGUCAGAGCUCGUGAGAUGCAGUGGCAUGCAUCUGGUAGAAUAUGUUCCUCAGAUAACCCAAGUCUUGACCUUGACAUUGCACCUGAAAAGCAGAGAAGGGUACCAUCUUUCUGGCUCCAUUCUGAGAUAUUUGCUCAAGUACCUGGGCAUCACCAUCCCUUCAGAAUACCGGUCCAUGCCUCAUAAGUGGGAUGUGCCACUGAGUGAAUUUCUCCCAAUAAGGCAUUGGGGAGAAGCUGGAGAUAUUCACAACUUGGGGUUGAACUGGAUUGAACCAGGAGAACCUGAGGAGAAGGCGAUGACUACUCUUGUUCGCACCUUCCUUGUGCCGGAACUCGUGCUCCUGAGACAGGUGGCCAAGGGUGAAAAGGAGGUUGCAAGGGAAGUUCUGCAUCAGAGUCUUAGCAUUGUGCUGGACAUCCUCCUGGGAGCUGGAGUGGCACUACCCCAUUGGGAGGAAGAGCCCCUCACACUAGUGGAGAUGGCUGUGAAAAAGGACAACAGCAAGUUCAUUACUGGGGAGCGCGUGCUUCGUGUGGAGCUUGAUACUGAAGAUCUACCCACCAAUGUCCGCAAGGCUGUGGCUGAUGUAAUUCUAGAAUUAGUGGACAGACUACUCACCCAAGUACCUGAUGAUACAAAAUCACUCAGCCGUGCCAUAAAUAUUUACCAUGGGUUGAUAUUCUUCCAUGGAGUCUCAAAGGAUGACUUUGAUGCUCGCUGGAAGAGUUUCCAGUUCAUCAAGGAUGCGCUUGCAAACAAGUUAGCCCGCAACAAGCAGCAUAUUCGCUCUCUCUUGGUGGAACGUGCGGUUCUGCAGCAGGAAAGCCGUAUGCUUGAGAACAGCACUCUACAUUUUACAGCCACUCAUAAAGCCAUUAUGAGCAACUUAUUGCAUCUCUCAACUAGUCAUUACAGUGAAGUUCGUAGUAAAGCCCAGAACAUUCUUAACCAAUUAUUCCAGUAUUUCCCCUAUUCGUACAAGUUAAUCCUGCCAGACCUUGUUACAUACCUUAAAGUUGACCCAACUGAAAAUCAUGAGCAGUUUAAAGGCAGCUUAUAUCUCUUACUGGGAAGGCAGAGUAAGCCACUGGUGGUCCGCCGUGACUGGGAGUCCUUGAACAUGAUGUGGCCGGCCCUGAUAGCCACCAAGCACUCGGAGAAGCCUUCCAUCAUUAGGUUAUUCAAUGCUCUCUCAGAUGCUGUGUACUAUCACAUGGAGCUGUUUGCCGUCUACCAUCAUAUCUCAGAUUCUCUAGUGAAGACGGCAGAAACGGUUUUAGAUACGCAUACUGGAAGGGGAGAAGAGAACAAAGUGGUUCCAGAGGCAGCUGUUGCCAAGGCUUGCCAGGACCUUGUGCAAAGAGGGGAGUCAAAUCACCAGCGCUACACUGAGCUUGUCUCUAAGCUUGUCACCUUACUUGAGACUGGGAAUUUGCAUUGGCGGACCCACAACAUGACCAUCAACCUCCUUGGUGCGCUCAUUAGGCCGGACAUUCCUUUCCCGGCGGUGGGCGUCAGGGCUUUUACCAGCAGCCUCAUCCACGACAACAUAAGAAUCAGGGAGACAUCUAUGUUCUUUAUGCCCUGGAUCUUGAAGAACCAGAAGAGGCCCCACAAGAAAAUAGAAAUUGACCCGUACUCAGUUGGCGGCAAGAACGAAAUUCCCCCAAUCUUGAUGCCGGGUGACUCCAGGCCUGAUAAUGCGUGGAUGCAGUUUGACAGUAGCAAGAGAAUUACCACAGAAGAGGAAUGGGAACAGCCUAGGUUUGUGGAGAAAACCUUCCAUGGCUGGUACACAUGGCCUAAGAAGCUGAAGGUAUAUGCCCCUGCUUCCCAGCAGCCAAACCUUGACAGAGAAAGAGAAGAAUUAAAAGAAGAAGAAAAAGAAAUUUAUGAUUUCUUCUCAUCAAAGGAGAAAGUUGAGAAGUUGAUAUCUUUCCUUUCUCUAGAAGAAAACAAAGAACGUGACAGCUUUAACACUCGUCGAUUCUGGAUGUUCAAGGGUCUCUUCAGGAACUUUGGUUCCACAUUUAUUGAACAAUUCAGAGGCCACUUAGAAAAACUAGUCGGUGAAACCCAAAAAAGCAGCCAAAGAUGUGCAGUUGAGAUCAUUACAGGAAUGAUCAGAGGGAGUAAGCACUGGACAUUUGCAAAGCACCAGGCACUAUGGGAAAUGCUGAAACCCAUCAUCCAAACGGGGAUGGCCAAGGUGACUGUCGAAACAGUGGAGGACUGGGGCACCUGCAUGGCCACCUCUAGUGCCGACAGGGACCCUAAUAGAUUAGCUCCCCUGAUGGACAUCCUACUCGAUGACCCUCUCAGGGCCAGCGAGGGAGCUUUUAAUGGAUCCAGUCGGAUGUAUAUGUUAAUGGGUGGCUUGGGACAGCAGGAAUGGAGAGUGGCAGAACUCAGCCACCGUCUGCUAGAAUACCUCCGGCCUUACCUCUCUCACCCUUAUAAAAGUAUUAGGGAUAGGAUUGGAAGUGUGUUAACAGGAAUCUUCAUGUUUGAUCUGGUGCUCCCUGGAGGUGUACCAUCCCGUUACCCUAGCUGUGCAGACUUCAUUGAAUACCUCCUCCCACAACUUUCUAUUCUGAUCCAAGACUCUGGAUCGAGCAUGAUGCAGGACAUGGAAGUCGAGGGCGUCUCUUGUGACCCAGCUCUCCCUUCCAGCCAAGACAUACCCUCACCCCCCCAGUCUUCUCUUGCCAUAUUCACUGAGGAUGUGAUGGCCCCCAUGAUGGGCUUAGCAGGCUCCUCUCUUGGUGCAAGUGAUAGCCUCAACAAAGUCCUUGCCUCGGUACAUAAAGUAGGUCCCAGUCAGAUAUCGGCUGUGGAGCAGUUUGUGAACCUGCCGAGCCUGGACUCUGCAAGCCUCUUGAGUGGGCGACUGGACAAAGAUGCCCUCAGGGUUGUUGCUAAACAUAAGCUCAGGGACAACUGUGAUAUAUCUGGUGAUGUGAUAUGUCAGCCCAUGGAGGUGAUUCCUACUUUGUCAGUCGAGUUGAAGAAUCAUGUCCACAAAAACCACAUCAAAAGCCAGGCAAAUGGCUUUGUGAGAGGUAACGAGGAGCGGAAGACUGCCGUGCGUCUCAUGAAUACCGUGUGUAGGUGGCUUGUGGGGCAGAUGGGACGCUGCUACAAUGGUGUUACGCCAGAGAUUUAUAGGUUUCUUCCAUAUCUGUGCCAGCUGGAGAGUGUGGACAAUGAUCCUGAACUUCGUGGUAAUUGUGUAGCUACCUUGGCCAUCAUCAGCCAGUCUAUGGUUCUUCCGCAUCGUAUUGCAGCCUUCAUGGAAGCCAUCACACAAGUUGCUCAUAGCAGCUGGUGGCGUGCCCGUGCUGCUGUGUUGUCAUUGCUUCAAGUGGCUGUGUUUACCAAUAUGUUUACCAUCCUCAACAAUGAAGAAGCAACUCUGCAAAUACCUAAACUGGUUGUGGAUCUGCUGGCUGAUGUGAGGCUGGAGGUGCGGCAGAUGGCUUCCACCGUUCUCAGUGGCCUGAUCCACUGUAAAUUUAUUCAGGCUGAAGAUAAGCUCUUGGGGGAGUUCACAUCCAGGCUACAGAGUGGCCAGAAGAGGAAGAGAAGACGAAAAGAGCCAUUGUCGCCCCAGCAGGUUCUUGAGCUGCAUGCUGGCAUCCUUGGACUUUGCGCGUAUGUGAGCGCUUUCCCAUACGAUGUCCCCGAUAUGAUGCCAGAAGUAUUGGUCACCCUGAGUGAGCAUCUCAACGAUCCACACCCAAUACCGGCUACCAUCAAGAAGACUUUGAGCAACUUCCGCCGCACCCAUCAUGACAACUGGCGUGACCACAAACAGAAGUUCACGGAGGACCAGCUGGUGGUGCUGACAGACUUAUUACUCUCACCUUCAUACUAUGCAUAAUUUGACUGAAAUAUAGGAGAAGAAACCAUUGUUACCAUUUGUGAAAAGAAGAAAGAAGAAAAAAGAGAGUUUUUGUAUUGUUUUCAAGUACAAGUAACCAUGUGUAUGUAAAGUAUGGAGAGUGUACGUACAUAGACAUAUUCAUUGUAUCUCAAGUUUUAUUUAUUGGUCAACAGAAAAGAUAAGCUUAAGAAUUUGAGGAAGUGGUUUAAAAUUCUUGUGAAUGCGACACAUGUAAAUUGGAAGCAUGAAUGUGUUGUGAGAAUGGAAAUCACUUGGAUUUAUUAAUCAGCAUUAUGAAAGCCAAUCAGGUCACUCAUAUGUCAUUUGGAACUAGUCAGUAAUGACUGCUUAUUAGAUCUGCUCAGAAAGGUGACAGUUAUUGUGAGUUUACAUUAUCCUCUCUUGUUUUCUUCUCUGCUUACAUGGCUUAAGUUGAAUGAUUUAAACAAGGCUGUGUUGAUGGUAAGGCUAUAUAAUGGAAUUGUUUAUCUACACAUUUGUUAGAAUGUGUAAAUAUGAUACAAUACUUAUAUAUAUACAUAUAUAUAUACUUACUAAGUAUUAUUUCUAAGACUUUCCUUCUUUUUAUCUGUGAGAUAUGGUAAACAGUUCCAUAAUAUAAACUUUUAAAUAUAAAGUGCUGUUUGUUUUGGUUAAUGUUAGGUGUGAUUUUUUUUUUUCUUUUUUUUCUUUUUUUGCAUGGAAUGAUUGAAAAGGAAAGUAGUUUAUCGUACUGAGGUUUAAUAUAAGUAACAUUAUAGCAUCUUUAAUUUUAGCUGGAUGAUAGCCUUUGUUGAGUGGUUUUAUGCUGAAAGAAAUGAUGCAGGAAUACAUGUUUGUUUUCAUAUUUUUUAGUAUUUGUUUCAUACCAUUUGGACAGUUUGAAAAAUGAUGAUCUUCAGUUAACUUUGUACUGUUAAUACUUCAAUACAAAUAUCCAUCGUUGAAUAUUGUAUAUUCUACCUAUCUCUUGCACAGGGGUCUUCCUCUCUUGCUCCAAAUCACUUCAGGAGUGUUUGAGAUAUUCCAGAUAUCAUACUUAAGCAUGGUUAUUUUUAUGAAAGCCAAGCAGGGAUUGAAUUUACUGGUUCUUGGAUUUAAGAGUUAGGAUUGGAGUAAGGUGUUUCUGUGCUGAUCUGGUACUACUAAAGAUCGUGCGUAUUGUAGUACGGGAUAUACAUCUGGUGUGGGAUAAUAGGGAUUGACCAUGUUCGUUGUGUAAUGUUAUCCUCAUAGGACAUUGUAAAGUUGCAAGUAAAAACCAGAGUAGGCUCAUAAAUUAGGUAUGCACAUUAAAACUAUUUCUCCAUCUGGCUGCUCCUUAUUGUCUAAAGAAAGGGGGUGUUCAGAGGUCUUUACAAACAUCCAAUACAACUUAUGGAGAAGGAUUUUGUUUACGUCAGAUGAUAAUCUGUAUGCAAAAUCCUUUCUUUUUUAUUCUGUAAAGUUUUCUAUUACUACCUUUGUACUUUCAUAGUAUUGAACUGCAUACAAAGCUUGUCAUGUGCUCAAGCUACCGUCAGUGAUCCAGUGUAUAUUAAAGUUUGUAAAACCAAUGUGAUGAGGAUGAGCUUGCUCUUGUUGAAACAAGCCUCUGGAGGUUUUGGGAAUGAUAUUUGACUAAUUUUACUAAUGUUAGAUGUACAUCAUUGAUGCAAUGUUUCCUUUGGGAUGCCUUGUAUUUAUAUAAAUAAUGGCUAUUAUGUUUCACGGUCUUAUAAGUACAGUGGGAUAGGUGACAAUAAAAAUGAGAGAAGGGUUUGUUUUUUCUGCUGUGAUGUGUACAUUAAUACAGUACAAUAGAGACAGAUUUUGUAUUGAAUUUCACCAUACUAUUCAGGCAUCCAUAUGUUUAUUUUAAUUACCAUAAUGCAUGCACAUUGUGAUCAAUAUGGUUAGCAUAUUGAAGAGAACCUUGUUCAUAUUGUACAGAGCAUUAAUGUUUGUUAUGCUUCUAUACAUUCUUAUACAAAAUGAAUGCAUUAUAUUGUUUUGGUUUCAUUAAUAUAAAGGAUUUUUUUUUAUAAUGAUUUCUUAUUUGAUUUUAUACUGUAAUGUUUCCCACUUAUAUGGUAGGUAAAACUUCUUCAGCCCCUGUAUCUUGGAUAUCAGCAAAGUAGAUUCUCUUAUGAUAGUUUAUUGUAUAUAAGUCUCAUUUUAAAGGCUCAAAUUAUGUAGGUCUUUCCUGGGUUUCUUUAUUUCAAGAUUAUGGACACCCCUCCCAGUUAAGAUUUGGGUAAGAGGUUUCCUUCUGUGUAAACUGCUUACAGUCUGAAGGGGAGGUUGCCAAACUCAAUUAGGGGGUAUCAAAGUACCAAUAAAGCAAGAAAACUCAACCUUUUGACUUUUGUACACAUUCUGAGUAGAUGUAUAGAAAAAAGUACUGAAAAGCAAAAUAAAUAACCCAAGCUGAGAAAAUAACGACGUUAAUGUGUGUGGCUCACUUAAGCAACAGAUAAAAAUGUUACAGUGUUAUAAACAUCUUUACUGACUAAAACCAGAUUGCGUUCCCUCAAUACAAUAUUUCUAAAGAGGACUAGAGAAUUUAUAUAUAUAAGGCUUGUGAUGACUGAGGCAUUUAAUCUUGUAUAAGGCAAAUGAAAUUAUUCAGACUCAAGGGAUUUCUAAUUUUUGUGUGUGAAGUUAUAAUUUAUCAGGUAAAAAAAAAAAAGAAAAAUAUGAGCUUCCUCUUGUAUUGUAUUUUAAGUUACCAAGUCAUGUAUACAGAAAAACCUAAUAUAUCUUGUGCAUAAUUCAAAUAAUACUUUUACUUAAGGUAUCAUUUACAGCCCUUAGAAUUUCCGAGUGGAGCUAACAAAAGUGUCACCAACCUUGUCAACUGAACAGGAUAAAUUCAUUAUUUUAUUCAACCAGGUGUUGGUAUUUUUAUAUCAGAAUAUGGGCUAUGGCUUUUAAGUGUUGUUUUAUUUCCCCUGUUAGUACAUUUUACAGGCCAUGAAUAUUUGCUGUUAAUGAGAUCAUUAAUAAAUAUUUUGGUUAUUAUUAAAUUGUACUCUGAUUUUUGUUCAUGAUAGUCUAGCCAGUAUCUAGAAUCUAUUAAACAUGUAUGCAAGUAAUCUGCUCAAUAUGAAAGUUACCCAAACA